GUUUAGGUUUCAGCUUUCAUGGAAUCUAGUGAUACCUUGAGUCAAGCUUUUUUGUCUAGAACAGAAUGUAGUGUUCCUAUGCUACCAAAUGAUAUUUCUUGCAGUGGCAAAUUAAUAGAGGCUAUUGAGGCCAGAGGCGAACUUUUUGAUGUUGAUUGCACUUAUAUGGAAUCUGACGAUACUUUCAGUGAAGAUUUUUUGUCUAGAACUGAAUCUGUUGCUGUCCUACCGAUUCAAAAUUCUUCUGCUUUUAUUCAUGUAGCCCAAUCUGAAGAGCCUUUGUCUGUUGAAACUAUAUCUGUUAAGGAAGCUGAAGUUUCUGAACUAUUGGGUACAACAGUUUCUUCAGAAAAUGAGGCAUUUGAGCUAUAUAAUGACUAUGCUUAUAGAAUUGGAUUUGGUGUGCGUUAUUCUACUUUGAGAAAGCGAGUUGGUAGUUCUGGUUUUAGAGGCAGAGAAUUUUGUUGCACGAAACAAGGUGCGAAGAGGAACAAAGGUGUUGUAGGUAAACAAUAUACAAAAGUUGAUAGGCGAACUGGUUGUAAGGCAAAAAUAUAUUUUGAGAUAAAGCCUACUGGAGAUUUUGUCGCUGUUAGACAUGACAUGCUUCAUAAUCAUGAAUUUUUCCCAAAUUCUUUAGUUCAUCAUGUUAGGUCUCAUCGUGCUGUUUCGUCAAGUGAGUUAGAGUAUUUGCAACAUUUGAAAAGUAAAGGAGUUAAAAUAGCAGAUGGGUUUCGUUGCUUGCAAGCUGAAGCAGGUGGCUCUCCUUCUGUCGGUUUUCUUUUACGUGAUGCUUAUAAUGAGUUGACAAAAAAAACUAAAAAAUCUUUUGAUGGUUGUGAUGCCAAUACACUGAUUAAUACUUUUAAGAACAGACAGGCAAAUGAAGAAGAUUUUUUCUAUUCUUUUGAGGUUGAUUUGGAUGGUUCUUUGUGUAGUUUUUUUUGGAGGGAUAAGAAAAUGAAGGAAGAUUAUCUUGCAUUUGGUGAAUUGGUUAUCCAUGAUACAACUUAUCGCACCAACAAAUAUGAUAUGAUUUGUGGACCCUUUAUAGGUGUUAACUCUCAUACUCAUAAUUGCAUGUUUGGUUGUGGGUUCUUGUUGAAUGAGCGAAUUGAGUCGUUUGAAUGGCUUUUUAAUACAUUCUUGCAAUCUAUGGGUUCUGUCCACCCAAGAACUGUUAUGACCGAUCAAUCUGCUGCUAUGGCUUCUGCAAUUGCUACAGUUUUUCCUCAAUCCAA